CGGGGGCGGGGUGGGGGGUAGAUGUGUAUGUAGAUGAGGGUAUGCCUGCUUGCACAGGUUUUAGGUAGAUUAGUGAACAGAUGUGCAGAUUUAGAGGCGUGUGCUCUGGUUUGGGGAAAUGUGUGCUGAGGGAGGGGGCCUGAAGACCGGUAGGAAGGGAGAUACUUUGCCCAGAUGGUCAGGUGCAUCUAUGAUCAGGUAUGGAGAUGGACCUUGCUUAGCUUAGCUGGGGCCUUUGGGCAGGAGAGGCAGCCAUCUCCUGUGAGAUGAGGGUCCAGCCCCCUGGGGGACCUUCGAAUGCUCAGGUAUAGAGGGGCAAGUAUAAACUCACCCCAUGACCCAUUCUCCUAUCCUAGAGCAUAUACAGCCUGGAGAAUCUCUUCAUUGAAUUUGAAUGAUUCUAUUUAUUCUCUCGGGAGAUAGAUGGAUUGCCCACUGCCAUAAGGAUCACCGGACGAUCUAGGCAUACCUGGCAUCCCCAGGUUGUGGAGAGUCCCAUGUCCCCCUAAAGAUCAAGAUGGUUUUCAAAGGAAGAAUUCAAACAACCGAACAUCUUUAAUUUUUGAGCUACUUCUGAUAGAAUCUUAAAAUUACUCUUUAAAACAAACAGACAAAAACAAAGUAGUUGAUGGGUGUACAGGGUCUGCAUGCUAGAAAGAGGUGCGCCUAAUAGUGUAUGGUUAAAACCCUGCUGCCAAAGAAUUUGGUAAAAGCAAACCAAAACCAAAACAACAACAAAAACCAUUUGGACAGAAAGGAGGGACAGUAGAUGUAUGUAAAUGAGAAUUGUGGAACAAUCUGGAAGGGUAGUGAGGCCUACGAUGGACUUGAGGGUGGAGAAAACACUUUUGAUUUCAUAUCUGACGUCUAUUUUGGAACUUCUGAAAAGCAGAAAUCUUAUAGCUUUGAUUAGAACCAGAGAUUAUACCAAAUCUUAGGUCAUCUCCUUCCUCAUUGGGCUCAUUUCUGGAAGCUUCAGGAAUUGCUGUUCCUCUACAGGGACCUCAAGCUUUCAAGGUAAGCCAGACCAAAGUUCUGUGUACAGAGCAUCAGAGGAGCCCCUGUGCAAAGCUCACCAGCCUUGGGUCACUCCAGAAGCCAGCCUCCCUGACCUGGGGAAAGUGGUGGGGCCCAAUGAACGCCCACAUGCCAUUUAAUUACAGGAUCUCUUCUGCUAGGAAAAGGAAACCCCAACAUGCUACCAUUGGUAAUGCUUCCGGAGAUUUAGAACCUCUAAGUCUUCCAGGUCCUCCUGUGAUACAGGAGGGAGCGGCUCAUCUCUGCUCACACCUGCAGAGCCGGAUCUUUCUAGCACUGGGUGCCAGAGCUUCUGAUUUCUUUGGAGAUUGUCAGUGGGUGUGACAUAAGUUUAUGUGUCUAUACAGAGCACUGCAGGAUGUUCUUUGCAUCUGCCUGCUGCCACAACCCCAAGUAUUUCCUAGGAUAGAUUCCCAUUGGUACGUGUAGGGGAACGUGCUUCUUGCCACACACUCAUUUCCAGGAUUUCCUACCUUUCCAUCUUAAAAUCCAACCCGAGGCUAACAGAUCUCCAGAAUGGGUGUCCUACUGCUUCUGGAAUAUUCCAGUGACAUAGAUGCUUCUCUAUAUGGAAGAUCCCUGGAAUCUGAUAUGCAAAGUUAGCCAUGUCAUCAUUACUGCACAGCCUCUCUGUGUGCCAAAGUGGAGCACCAGGCCCAGCCUUGUCUGGUAGGCCAUGUGAGUAGUCACCAAAUUGCCCUGCCUUCUUCUUUUCCCAUUGUCUCAUCUGUGAACAGUAUUCAUUCUUCUGGUGGGCUGGGCACCUGGCACUUGGCAAAAGCUGAAUGAAUUGUAGCUCUGGCAUUAGGUUAUGUCAUCCUGUGAAAGCCUGGCAGCAGCUCCUUGUAGACAUACCUUUUUGUUGCCUCUUCAGGGUGUGGAAUAACCGAGCUGUGUCCACUAGGGUCUGGUGAUGUCUCAUAUCCCCUCCAAGGAGAGAUCUGAAAGGCUCGCCUUUCCCCAGCACUGCCUGUAAUCUGUUGUGGGUAAUCAGGUACUGAGAAAGCUACAAAGGCUGCCUGCUCUAGUCAGCACUUGAGUCCUUCGGGGUCUGGCUUUCUGAGAGGAGCUGAGCUUUUCUUCUGUCCCUCGGGGCCUGAUGGCUUCGAAAUCCCAGCACAACGGUCCCAAAGCCAAGAGUCCCAACGGCAAGGCUGAAUCUCAAGGACAAUGGGGCCGUGCCUGGGAAGUGGACUGGUUCUCCUUGGCCAGCGUCGUUUUCCUGCUGCUCUUCGCUCCAUUCAUUGUGUACUACUUCAUCAUGGCAUGUGACCAGUACAGCUGCUCUCUGACUGCCCCCAUGUUGGAUAUAGCUACAGGCCAUGCUAGUCUGGCAGACAUCUGGGCCAAGACACCGCCUGUGACAGCCAAAGCUGCCCAACUGUACGCCUUGUGGGUCAGCUUCCAGGUGCUGCUUUACUCCUGGCUUCCUGACUUCUGCCACAGAUUUCUGCCAGGUUAUGUGGGAGGCAUCCAAGAAGGUGCCAUUACUCCAGCAGGGGUUGUAAACAAGUAUGAAGUGAAUGGGCUGCAAGCUUGGCUCAUUACCCACAUCCUCUGGUUUGUGAAUGCUUACCUCUUAUCCUGGUUCUCCCCCACCAUCAUCUUUGACAACUGGAUCCCAUUGCUAUGGUGUGCCAACAUCCUGGGCUAUGCCGUGUCCACAUUCGCAAUGAUCAAGGGCUACCUGUUCCCCACCAGCGCUGAAGACUGCAAAUUCACAGGCAAUUUCUUCUACAACUAUAUGAUGGGAGUUGAGUUCAACCCCCGCAUCGGAAAGUGGUUUGAUUUCAAGCUGUUCUUCAAUGGACGCCCGGGGAUUGUGGCCUGGACCCUUAUCAACCUGUCCUUUGCUGCUAAACAGCAGGAGCUUUAUGGCCAUGUGACCAACUCCAUGAUUUUGGUCAAUGUCUUGCAGGCCAUCUACGUGUUAGACUUCUUCUGGAAUGAAACGUGGUACCUGAAGACCAUUGACAUCUGCCAUGACCACUUUGGGUGGUACCUGGGUUGGGGCGAUUGUGUGUGGCUACCCUACCUCUACACACUGCAGGGCCUGUACUUGGUGUACCAUCCUGUGCAGCUCUCCACCCUCAAUGCAUUGGGCAUCCUGCUACUCGGCCUCGUGGGUUACUAUAUCUUCCGAAUGACCAACCAUCAGAAGGACCUGUUCCGCAGGACCGAUGGGCGCUGCCUCAUCUGGGGCAAGAAGCCCAAGGCCAUCGAGUGCUCCUACACAUCAGCCGACGGGCUGAAGCACCGCAGCAAGCUGUUGGUUUCAGGCUUCUGGGGUGUGGCCCGCCACUUCAACUAUACUGGUGACCUGAUGGGCAGCCUUGCCUACUGCCUGGCAUGUGGUGGCGGCCACCUCCUCCCCUACUUUUACAUCAUCUAUAUGACUAUCCUGCUCACCCACCGCUGCCUCCGCGAUGAACACCGCUGUGCCAGCAAGUAUGGCCGUGAUUGGGAGCGCUACACAGCCGCUGUGCCGUACCGCCUGCUGCCCGGAAUCUUCUGAAGGCCGUCCUGGGAAGCGUAGAGAGGUGUCACUGAGUGUGUAGAGUUGGGUGCAUGGGGGCUGGCAUCUGGCUUUCCCCUGCAGGGGCCUCUUCAGUUUGCUCCUCUGGAGAAUGGAGAGCCUGGUGUCCCACAGUGGCUCGUGGCAGCUGGAGAGCUGAGUUCACACUGAUGCCCCAGCAGAUUGAUUUGUUCUCUCUGUUCAGCGUCCUGAGGGCAGAGGACCUUUCAUGUUUGUCUGUUGAGAGCUCACCAUCUAUGCUGUGUAGAUAGCUUAGGCUUAUCAGAUGUCUCCCGUGAUUGGGCCAUCCUGAUAAACUGGAGACAAUGUAAGAUCUAAAGAGUUUGCCAAUGUCAUCACCCCCAACCUGUCCUGGUGGGCUAGACCCCGUUUUUGUCUGUAGCGUGUGCAGUGUUAAUUGAUCAGCAACGGGUUCAGGGGCCAUUGAAGGAGGAAGGCUUUUUGUUUAGGUUCUUGUUUUUUUGUUUUUUACCCCAGGAAUAUCAGGCAGUGGACUGGGAUAUCCAGGGGGCACUGCCCACUGCACAAUCCCUGGCUAACUUGAUAGCCAGGGUUCCCAGGACUCCCUGAGUACCAACCUAGCAGCUCAUCCAGCCGCCCUCUUCCAGAAGGUGCUUCUUGUUUACCUCUGAGACUUCGGCUCAGACAACCCAGAGUGCAUCACCAGUCAGUGGCCUUAGCCACACCUUCCCCAACAGGAGAUCCAGCGUUGGGGAAGGAACCCAUUCUCAUUAGGGACACUGCCCCCAUCCCACCCCCCCCCAAAAAACUCAGGGUAUUCUGUAAAAUUAGUUAGGCUCAUCUUCGCCUUGCAGGUAGUUCUUUGUAUUUAAUUUGCCUUGUUAAAUGAGUCAUGUUGUGCUGUCUCCUGAAUGGGUCUGACCAGUACGGGAUUGGUGUGGGAGUGAGGGCUGUUCUAUGGUGUAGGAUGGAACCCAGGGAAGAAUUAGAGCCAAUGCCUAGGGCACUGUCAAAACUUCGCAUCCUACUGUACACCACCCUCCGUAGUUCCCCUGAUAGUACAAAACUCUGCCGGGUCACUUGCUUGUCAGAGGUGAGGAGUUCAUUCCAUUUGCCAGUGAUAGGAAAAGCCACAGUGAAUGGAGAAGCCACACAGCUGGGCCUGGACUUUUCUUUUUUCUGGAGAAGUAGAGGUGAAUGAGAGGUGAGUGGUA